UAAUUUACUUUCUUGCGAGACUCUCUUCUCGACUGUUCUCGCCGUAGCUGAAGAAAGUGUCGCGAGAGCUGGUUGCCUUGGCUCCCUGUAGCUAUAGCAGCCGCGGCGGUUUAGGAUGCGGCGGCGGCGGCGGGAGCAGUGAGUUCGACAACCUCAGGGGGGCGGGGCCGAAGUUGGAAAAAAUCUUCAGUCCAUAAGAAGCAUUAUAAACAAGACUGAAGAACAUGUCUUUCCCUGAUUUUGGAUGCUGCUGGAGUUGAGGAUUACGUCCAUUUCACCAGGACUUUUUGGAGGAAGUUCAAGAAAAAUAGAAAGAAGCAAUACUAAAGAACUUCUCUAGAUUAAUCCUGUGCUUUGUUACACUUUGGACAGUGGGGCAAGUGACGGUUAGCACCAUCAUCUGGACCUAAGAGGCUACAUGAAUUCCUUGAACUACAUAUUUGAUGUUUGGAAAUUUAUAGUCAAAGUGUUUCAACAUAAACUCACACCCAAGUUCUGGAUUCUCUAUCUUUUGAGGAUUUCAACAGAUAAAAUUUACCCGCCCAAAAGAUACAAAGCCUUCUCUGUGUUUUUAAGCUAAAUGUGAACAGUUAUGUCUUGGAAAAGAAAUUAUUUUUCAGGGGGCCGUGGCAGUGUCCAAGGGAUGUUUGCACCUCGAAGCUCAACCUCCAUAGCCCCCAGCAAAGGCCUCAGCAAUGAGCCUGGGCAAAAUAGCUGCUUCCUCAAUAGUGCCCUGCAGGUUUUGUGGCACCUGGACAUCUUUCGUCGUAGCUUUAGGCAGCUGACAACUCACAAAUGCAUGGGCGAUUCCUGCAUCUUUUGUGCUCUCAAGGGAAUCUUUAACCAGUUUCAGUGUAGUAGUGAAAAAGUGCUUCCAUCUGAUACUCUCCGCAGUGCUCUGGCAAAGACAUUCCAGGAUGAACAGCGUUUCCAGCUGGGAAUUAUGGAUGAUGCUGCAGAGUGCUUUGAAAACCUCCUGAUGAGAAUUCACUUCCAUAUUGCUGAUGAAACCAAAGAAGAUAUAUGUACUGCCCAACACUGCAUUUCCCACCAGAAAUUUGCAAUGACGUUGUUUGAGCAGUGUGUAUGUACUAGCUGUGGUGCCACUUCUGAUCCCCUGCCUUUCAUCCAGAUGGUGCAUUACAUCUCCACUACUUCCCUUUGGCUCAGUUCUGGUCAGCAAAGUGGGAGGAGAAGUGGGGAUUCUAUGAGCUUUGGAUUUUGGGACAGCAAUCAGGCUAUUUGUAUGCUGGAAAGACGAGAAAAACCUUCGCCAAGCAUGUUUGGUGAGCUGUUGCAGAACGCCAGCACCAUGGGGGAUCUGCGGAACUGUCCCAGCAACUGUGGAGAGAGGAUCCGGAUUCGACGUGUGUUGAUGAAUGCUCCGCAGAUUAUCACAAUUGGGCUGGUAUGGGACUCCGACCAUUCAGACUUGGCAGAAGAUGUUAUCCACAGUCUGGGCACCUGCCUUAAGUUGGGUGAUCUAUUUUUCAGAGUGACAGAUGACCGGGCCAAGCAGUCUGAACUGUACUUAGUAGGAAUGAUCUGUUAUUAUGGCAAACAUUAUUCUACAUUCUUUUUUCAAACAAAGAUACGCAAGUGGAUGUAUUUUGAUGAUGCUCAUGUCAAGGAGAUUGGCCCCAAAUGGAAGGAUGUGGUAACCAAAUGCAUCAAGGGACAUUAUCAGCCCUUGCUGCUGCUUUAUGCAGACCCCCAGGGUACCCCAGUGUCUACCCAGGACUUGCCUCCCCAAGCUCAGUUCCAGUCAUACAGCAGGACAUGCUAUGAUAGUGAAGAUUCAGGGAGGGAGCCCUCCAUCUCAAGUGACACUCGAACAGAUUCCUCAACAGAGAGCUAUCCCUACAAACACUCCCACCAUGAGUCUGUGGUCAGUCACUUCUCUUCUGAUUCUCAGGGGACAGUCAUCUGUAAUGUGGAGAAUGAUUCCAUGUCCCAGAGCAGUCGGGACACAGGACAUCUGACUGAUAGUGAAUGUAAUCAGAAACACACAUCCAAGAAAGGGUCCCCAGUAGAGCGCAAGAGGAACUCUGGCCGUCUUAGGAGGAAAGGUGAUGAGCCACAGGCCUCAGGAUAUCACAGUGAAGGAGAAACACUGAAAGAGAAACAGGCUCCUAGGAACGCCUCCAAAUCAUCCAGCAGCACCAACAGGCUAAGGGAUUUUAAAGAGACAGUCAGCAAUAUAAUUCAUAACAGACCAUCCCUGGCUUCUCAGACCAAUAUAGGAUCUCCCUGUGGGGGUAGGGGAGGAGACCAACCUGACAAAAAACCUCUUAGGAACCUGUGUAUACACUCUCAUGAUUGGGAAAUAGAGAGUACCAGCAGUGAGUCAAAAUCCAGUUCUUCUAGCAAGUAUCGUCCAACAUGGAGACCCAAACGAGAAUCUCUGAAUAUUGACAGUAUUUUUAGUAAGGACAAAAGGAAGCAUUGUGGCUAUACCCAGCUUAGCCCUUUUGCUGAGGACUCAGCUAAAGAAUUUACACCAGAUGAACCAAGCAAGCCACCUGCUUACAACACUAAACCUGUUGGACCAAGCCCUCAGUACAAACCCUGGGGCUCAGCACGACUAACCUCUCAUCUUUUAGAGCAACAACCUCGCCUAAUCCAGCGAAUGGAAUCUGGUUAUGAGAGCAGUGAGAGAAACAGCAAUAGCCCUGUCAGCCUGGAUGCAGCCUUGCCUGAGAGCUCUAAUAUCUGCAGGGAUCCAAGUGCUAAGAGAUCAGCUGGGAUAGUCCCUUCUUGGCGUCAUAUCCCAAAGUCUCACAGCAGUAGCAUCCUAGAGGUGGACUCCACAGUAUCCAUGAGUGGCUGGACAAAAACUCAACCCCUUUCAGGUGGGGAGGUAUCUUCUAAAAGUGAACUGGAUGAAUUGCAGGAAGAGGUGACCAGGAGGGCCCAGGAACAGGAACUUCGAAGGAAACGAGAGAAGGAAUUAGAGGUUGCUAAAGGGUUUAACCCUCAUCCCAGCCGCUUCAUGGACUUGGAUGAACUGCAGAAUCAGGGGAGGAGUGACGGCUUUGAGAGGUCUCUGCAAGAGGCAAAUUCAAUGUUUGAAGAGUCGCUGCAUCUGGAACAAAAGGGAGACUGUGCUACAGCUUUGGCUCUUUGUAACGAAGCUAUCUCUAAACUAAGACUUGCCCUGCAUGGUGCCAGCUCUAGCACGCACAGCAGAGCCCUAGUCGAUAAGAAGUUGCAAAUCAGUAUUCGAAAAGCAAGGAGCCUGCAGGAUCGCAUGCAGCAGCAGCAAUCAUUGCAGCAGCAGCAAUCAUCGCAGCAGCCGUCGCAGCCCUCAGCCUGCCUCCCAUCACAGGGGGGGGCCGUCCCUCAGCUGACAAGUGAACAGCCUAUCCCGCUCCAAGUAUUGUUAAGCCACGAGGCCCAACUGGAACCCUGCACAGAUACAGAUUUUGGGGCCAGUUCUUCUUUCUUACACUCACCUGCUUCCUGCCAUGAGUCACACUCAUUACUGUUCCCAGAGUUACCUGCUUCAUCUGCCCCACAGCACAGUUCCCCCAGUAAAUCUGCCUCAAAGCUUCUGACUUCAGUUGAGGUGGACAGCAUUGACCCUUCUGUAUUUCACAGGCAGUGUUUACCUAAAACACCAGGGAGAACUGAGAAUUCUCACCUUGAUUUUGUGCCAUUGGAUGCCUCAGAGGGUAAACUGCCAGGGCAAAGGGGUGAUAACAACAGUUACAGCAGGUUCUCUCUUCAAGAAGGAAGGAACAUUGCUCAAGAACAGCCAUUCCAAGAAAAGAGGAAUCCUACUGACUCAUCCCUGGUGAUGUCUUGGUCACACCUAACAGGAAGAGCCACCUCAGAGAGAGGAGAAACACACAGCCUAGGCUAUAGUCCUUCAAAUUCAUUAGUUCAACCCAGUAUUCCCACACAUAGGGCCUGCCACCCCAUAAUGUCUGCUGCUGCUUCAUCUGUGCUUCAUUCUUCUGAUCCUGUGCAGAAAACUAACCAAUGCCUCCAAGCCCAAAGCCUCCAAACUUCUCUGACUUCAAAAGUGGAUGGAAGCAGUGAGGAGCCAUGUAGACCAGAGUUUCCCAGCACAAAGGGACUUGUCCGCUCACUGGCAGAGCAAUUCCAGAAGAUGCAGUGUGCCUCCAUGAGGGAUGCCUCAGGUUCCCAAGAGAGAAGUCUUGGAAAUCUAAAGAAGAACUCUUUCCCUUCUGACUCUAAGCCUUCUUUCCAGCAUGGUCAAGGGAAAGGUCAUUGUCCCUGGGCAAAAGAGCAAGCCUCUCUGGAUGGUAGGGACAGAUUGCCUUCCUGGGAAGAUCCUGCUGACCACCAUCUUUCUCUUGCCAUGGACUCAGGGCAGCCAAACAGUGAAACUUCUAGGGGAGGACAGCCCAGGUUGGGAGAGCCAGGGAUAUACCAAGGAAAGCUAUCCCAAGCAAAAGACCCUAGGCCUAAGGAGAUUGGUAACAGUAUCAACUUGGGGACUUCCUUGCCUUUGGAUUCCUGGGUGAAUGUCACAAGGUUCUGUGAUUCUCAGCUUAAACAUGAGAUCCUUGGGCCAGGGAUGAAGUCCUCUCCCCAUGAUUCUCAUACCUGUGUAACCUAUCCAGAGAGAAAUCAUAUCCUUUUACAUCCACAUUGGAACCAAGACACAGAGCAAGAGACCUCGGAAUUGGAAUCUCUCUACCAGGCCAGUCUUAAGGCUUCCCAGGAUGGCUCUUCUGCAUGGGCGCCACAGAAUGUGGCUUGGCAUCCACUUAGCCAAACAGGCUCUGCAGAUGGCAUGGGGAGGAGAUUACACUCAGCCCCUGGGCUUGACAUCUCAAAGACCCGAAUAGCAGAAAUGGAGCACAUUCUCCUUGAAGCCAGCACAGUGCCUGCGUCUCAGGCUGCAGCUUGCCGAGGCCUCAGCAGGGAGUAUGGGGAUGACGAACAGUACAGUGCAGAGAACUUUCGCCGCAUCUCACGCAGUCUCAGUGGCACCAUUAUCUCAGAGAGGGAGGAGGCUCCAGUCUCUUCCCACAGUUUUGAUCCAUCAAACCUGAAGAAAAAGCCUUUGGAAACCGGGCACCGUUGUUCCAGCUCCUCUUCCCUCCCUAUCAUCCAUGACCCUUCUGUGUUUCUCUUUGAUCCCCAACUGUAUCCUCCCCAACCACAGUUCCUGUCCCCAGAUGUCCUGAUGCCCAGCAUGGCAGGGGAGCCCUAUAGACCCCCAGGAAAUUCGAGGAGUGUCCAGCAGUUUCUGGCUAUGUGUGACAGGAGUGAAACUUCCCAAGGGGUCAGAUACUCAGGAAGGACUUUGAACUACCGGAGUCUUCCCCAUCGUUCCAGAACUGAUGCCUCCUGGGGACCCUGGUCAGAGACCAACCAGCAAGUUGGGGCCAGAUUCCUAACUACUCCAGGGUGCAAGCCUCAGCUAACCCAUACUGCCACACUACCAGAAAGAGGCCAGGGCCUUCAGGUUCCUCAUACUCACUCCUGGGGGGAUCUUUUUAAUUCACCCUCUUACCCUCUGUCUCCACCAUCUAGCAGGUCAGCUUCGAAUUUGGGUCCUGUUCUGGGGUCCCGAACCCAUGGUCCUCGUAGAGUCGAUAUACCUCCAGAUGAUGACUGGAGGCAAAGCAGUUAUGCCUUCCAAUCUGGAAACAGGACAAGGGAAGAGGAGCUUCUCUUUGUUCUAGCAGAUCCUCCUGGAAGAGAGCAGAACAGGGCUAGAGUCCUACAGCAUAGCAGGUGGUAAGGGUCACCCUUUUCCUUUUCUGGCACCACACCUUCCUCUGUAAAACUGUACUAUGGCAGAGUUGGUGUCCUAUAUUCUUGCCAUGAUUGUGAUAGUCUUAUCUCAACAUAGAAUUGGCAGUUUCUCCAAGGGGUGCCAGGAACCUCUAAAGGAGAGACUUGGCUCCUUAGGAGGGAAUUUUUGAAACUGUAACUUUAAUUUCCCUAGCCAAAGGAAGCAGCUGCUGUUAGGGCUUUGAGUCAUUUUAAAGUUGAAUUCAUUACAUUACUUGACAUUAGUCGCUCCUUGAUAUCUUAAGGUCAUUUUAUUCCUGGAUGCUUUUGUCCCCCACCUUCAUCUGAACCCUCCUCUUCAGAUCCCUAUUUUUGUUUUGUCGGCUUACCUCUAUCACUUGACCCUUUGUUUUCCUCAUCUCCUAUCCUUAGAGAGACCUAUAGCUCUGGGGUCAUGGUCCUAAUCACAUCAUUCAGGGGAAAUGGGGGAGGGCAUGGACUGUCAGCCUUCCCUGUGCCCCAAACCUUAGCCCUAGAAUGUGGAGCUGCCAGCCUAACAUUCGCCCUUCUGAACAGAUGGAGUCAUGCACACUAACAUACCCUCUUGUUCUCAGCAGCAGAGUCAUUACUGCCACUUGCUCAGUCACUGUUGUAAACCCUGAGUCAGCUGAACUAUUAGGGCCAAACAUACUGUUUUUGUAAAAUAUUUUUCAUUAAUAAAUCUAUAAGAUAGUUCUAUUUAA